AUGCAUAUUGACGCGACUCGCCAGGGCCGCGGAUUCGCGUCGACUGCACCACGUCCUCCUCGUUGCCCACGCAAUGACAACCCUUUCUAUGGUGGUGGUGGUGGCGGCGGCGGAUACAUGUCCCAGAACUCGCCCUUUGGCAGUGGUGGUGGAAGUCCAGGUGGUUCAGCACGACGCGCCGCGUCCCACUCAUUGCGCCCGGUUACGCUGCGACAACUGCUGCAGGCGCAACAAGAGCACUCUGACGCGGCUUGGAAAAUUGGUGACGUCGAAGUGGGACAAGUCAUGGUGGUCGCGCAAGCCCUCUCAGUUCAAGCCCAGACGACGAACUGCGUAUACAUGCUAGACGAUGGUACCGCCCGAUUUGAAGCACGACAAUGGGUGGAUGCCAACAGUGACGACGAAGACCGUGUUGAUAUCAAGGAGGGGUCAUACGUUCGCGUCUUGGGCCGAAUGGGUGCAUUUGCCCAGAAAACAUACCUUGUAGCAACACACAUCAAGCAGCUCCCGCUUCAGAAGCAUUCCGACGAGGUCUUUUUCCAUGCAUUGGACGUAGCUGCCACCACCUUGAUUUUUGAGCGUGGUCCAACCAAGCGAGGCUCUUCGAUCUCCCGUGUUGCCAACGGCUCUGCCUCUGGUGCGACGUCGGCUUACGCGGCUCAGUCUCACGGGGGUGCUGCGUCGAAUUCUCAAUUCGCUGGCCUGCCGUCUCUUCAAAAGAGCAUUAUUGAGUUUAUGCUGAAACAGCCUCCGAAUGAGGAUGGGAUCAACGUCGGUGCCAUUGCAAGGCAUGUCUCUAGCACAGGCCAUGCUGCCGACGCCGGAAUUAUCAGUGCUGCUUUGGAGCAGCUCAUGGAUCAAGGUCAUGUGUAUACCACGAUUGAUGAUUCUCAUUUCAAUGUAUCUGCCUAA